UAGAGAAGAGAACCACAAAGAAAGAAAAAGAGAGAGAGAUGGAGGAGAAGAAGGGUGUGGUGAAGCACGUGCUGCUGGCGAAGUUCAAAGAUGAAGUAUCAGCGGAGCAUGUGGAGGAGUUAAUCAAAGGCUACGCCAAUCUUGUCUCCAUCAUUGAACCCAUGAAGGCUUUCCACUGGGGGAGGGAUGUGAGCAUAGAAGGGCUGCAUCAAGGGUUCACACAUGUGUUUGAAUCAAGCUUUGAAAGCACAGAAGGGAUUGCAGAGUAUGUGGUUCAUCCUGCUCAUGUUCAAUUUGCAAAUGAGUUCCUUAAAGCACUGGAUAAGUACAUUGUUGUGGAUUACAAGCCAACCCCUGUCAAUUAAUUAUCUAAUCCAUCCAACUUAAAUGUUUGUUUGUUUCUUUGUUUAAUAAGUCAAUGGAUUCAUAUCUCAUUGACAUUUGUGAACAAUGUGAGGUUUUAUUAUCUUAUUAUUAUUAUUAUUAUGUUUUAUUAAUAAAAACUUUUUUUUUAAUUA